AUGGAAGACACAGAAGAGAGUUUCUUGUCAUGGACCUCUUUGCCUGACCACAUUAUUGUAAAAAUUUUCUCUUACCUGAAUCUUCAAGACAAAUUUCAGGCAUCUUUCGUGUGCAAGUCUUGGAAUGACUGCUUUCACUUUCCUGUUUUGUGGGCAGAUUUUGUUUUUAUCAUCCAAGAUGACAACAAAACAGCAACCACUCGACAUAGAAAAUGCUUGGAGAUGCAUGGCAGUCACUUAAAGAAUGUUUUGAUGAAAAUUGAUCAGAGUAAACCAAUUUGCAGAUCUGUUGCAUGUGAUGUUUUGAAUGGAAUUGCAAGUCAUGCCAACAGAAAUCUUUCCUCCAUCAAAAUUGACUUUACAGGUGAAAACCCUUUAUUCUAUGCAGGUUCUGAAUUUGUGCAAUGUCUUAAAAAAUUGUUUGGAUGCAAUCCAGAAGCUAUUGAAACACCUAUGGAUUCAUUAGUAAAUGUUGACCUGAGUGGAAUGCCAGUUGCCUUUGAUGAUAAUGUACUUAAUCUUUUGUCUACCAACCAUCCAAAGUUAGAGAGCCUAAAUCUGUUAAACAAAGUCCUUGUGUGCAAAGUGUCUCCGGACUGCAUAUUACAGUUAGUGAAGAAAUGCAGAAAACUGAAAAAGCUCUUUGUCUUCCACAGCAGCAUGUCUGAUGAUACAUUGGUGGCUCUUGCUGAAGAUGGUAGAACUCCUCUAUUGGAACUUGGUAUUUCCUGUAGAAGACAGGAGAAGUAUGGUUCUGACUUGACAUCAGAGGCAUGGCAACAGUUGGUGACCAAGUUACCUGAACUGAAAGUUAUGCUGUAUUUUGAUCACACCUGCCCCCUUCACCGAGUAUCUGAAAUCAUGAAACCAGAAAUCCCAGUCCAUGUUCUGAAUUUGCAGACCUUCACUAUGAUAUAUGAGGAAGUAAACCAGGCAUCAGUCCAUUAUCAGAACACAUUGGAAGUUGUGGUUCUGCAAACCAGGAAUUCUCCAGAGCUUGGAAGAGCAUUGGUGAAUCUGGCCCGCAACUGUUACAAGCUCCACACUCUAAUUGUGUACUGUGUUCUAAAAAAAGAGAUAGUAGAUGAAAUUCUGGCUUUAAGGCCAAAAAUGAAAAAAGAUGCCACUUACGUUUUGAAAUGGAAACCUCAGGAUGAGCCAUGGGUUGUUGGAGUGGAAGAAGGAGAUUGAGAUAUGAUUUAAUAUAAGAUCUGUUAAGAAGGUCUUUAUAGGUGCUAAAUCAAGUUCACUUCAUUGUUGUUGUGAAUCAUUUAUGUGUGCAUUUACUUUGAGUUGUUCAGAUUUUGCUUUAGAGCUAGUUCCAUUUUAUAACAUACUUGCAAUUUCAUUAUGUGAAUUGCUGUGUAAUUUAAUACGCAAGAUCGCGACUACUUUUUUCGUCUUGGUUUUAAAUUUUACUUUUCCCUUUCAAAGUCUCGCGAGACCCAAAAUAUGCGAGAAUUUGGGCAUGUUGGUAAAUAAUACCAGUUCUCCAACUUUUUUCGUGAUCAAUUCACCUGAUUUUAACAAUGGUGCACUAUCACUGCAUUGCAGUAUACUGUAGUCAUGAUUCAAGAAAGAAACAAAAUACGCAGAAAUAUCCACAAAUGAUAGAUUUUAAUGGAAAUGUGUUGGAUUUUUUCCCCCUGCUGUCAGCUAGGAAAUUUCCAAAGCUGAGAAGGGCUUGCGUCAAAACAUUUAUCUUCACGAGCUAAAUUCAGGAGUUCAUUUUUCCUGUAUCCAGACGUUUUUACACACCUUUCAUUUUAAAAUGCUUUUAAUUGUGGAAAGCACGGGUUAAAUCGUCUUCCGAUGCCAUGUUUAGAUAAACAAAUUAUGCCCAAGAUCGACACGCUUUUCCGGACUUCUUUACAAGAGAGUUCCGCUAACUUGAUAUUUACGAUCUUGCUUAUUAAUCAGAUUUGUGCAACAUAUAUUUUACGGUAUACAUUUUUUACUUUAUUAUAUUAAUUUCACGUGAUACAGGGUAGUUUUCAUUUCCAUGUUACAUUGAUGAUAAGUGCCAAAAUCUUCAGGUAUAGUGAACAAGGUUGGAUUGUUAAUAUGAAUUGUGGUUUGGUAUGAGGUAUGACUUCCUAUGGAUGUGUUGUUAGUGACUUUAACAGAGGUUGUAAUAUAUAAGAUUUGGUAAGCAUGCAUAUCGUUGUUGUAAUUUGAAUCAUUUCUGUUAUUGACAAGAGGAGGAAUUUUAAUUCAAACCCAUCUUUUUAUGUUUUCUAACUGAAUAAAAUCAUUAGAGCUUUG